CUAAAGUCAUCACUGGUCCUGGCCGAUGGAGUUGUUGGGGGCACGUUCGUUAACACAUUUCCUGAUAGGUGCCGGCAGUACUCUAUAUGGUGAAUGCGUUUAGGAGGGAGCUUUUUGAAGCACUGGGGUUGCUGGAGUGGUCCAAUUUUUCCUGGAAUCGAGUGACAAAUUCAGAAGACUGAAGCCCAGGCUCACUGUCUACCUUUCACGGAGGCCAAGCCGUGAGAGGACAGAAGAAGGCACGUGGCGAAUCAUGACUGCCGACAAAGAAAAGGAUAAAGACAAGGACCGGGAUCGGGACAGAGAGAGAGAAAAACGGGACAAGAACCGUGAUGGGGAGAACUCAAGGCCGCGACGCAGUUGCACGCUAGAAGGGGGUGCCAAGAACUAUGCAGAGAGCGACCAUAGUGAAGAUGACGACAAUGAAAAUAAUGGCACAACGGCAGAGGAGGCUGGCAAGAAAAAUAAGAAAAAGUUGCCAAAGAAGAAAUCGCGAUAUGAAAGGGCCACUAAUGGGGAAAUUACAUCAUUUGUCACAGAAAAUGACGUGGUCUACAAACCUGGAGAAUCUGCUCCUGGAUCACUGAGCUGCCAGACUGAAACACCAGAGAACCAAACAUUAAAGGAGAAGGAAACUACGGAGGCAUUUUAUUGCCAAUAGAUUAGCUGCAAUAAUGCAAGCUAUAAUGCUAUAUUUAUUCUGUAGAAUGUUUUACCAUACCUGAGUAAAAAGCUCUAGAAACUCUCUGUUUGUUUAGGAUAGGAGCUGCUGUAUUAACAUGGUGUGACAUCACUUCCUGCCUGAGUCUCUCCCUGCUCUGGGCUCAGAUUACAGCAGAGAAGGGAGAGGAGCAAACUGAACAUGCUCACGCCCAGGGCAAUUAGGUUUAAGAUGAAGGCAGGAAGUCUGAUACAGAAACCCAUGUGUACACAAUAGAAGGAAAGAAAUGCAGUGUUUCUUUUGACAGGGGACUCAGAGCAGCACUACUUUGGGGGUUUAUUGGUAUAUUUAGAAGGACCUUUCUAAUAAGGCUUACUUAGUUUUAAAGUAAGUUUACCUUUAAACUUAGAUUUUGGGACAAUGGUAGAAAAUAAAAUAUGAAAAGGAAUUGAUAAAAGUCUUUGUUUAUGGGUAACAAUGUGAGAACAACUGAACUGAAAAAAGUGUUUGGAAGGUGAACAACCCCGUUUUAAGGGAAAAUAUAACCCCUUUUUGACAUGACCUUAUUUGGUUCGACCUGUGAGAUAAAGUUGCAUAAAUAAUAUCUUAAGCACUAUAAAUAUCCGUUUUUUAAGCUGACAUACUUCUUUCCACAUAUUGGAAGUAGAAAACUAUAAAUUCACCUUGAACACUAUACUUAACUGUUCCUAAAUCUAUCGGCUUAUCAAGCUAUCGAAUUCCUUGUAGCUGCUUUACGAUUUUAUUGGUGCAAAUUCAUAUAGUUUGCUUGUUAUAUGUAUAGCAUUAAGUUGUUUGCUAGCCGGGCCACUUUUAUUUACUUAUUGGCCGUUGUAUAAGGCCAAAGCAGUGGCCUCGUUGAUUUAUGUCAAAUCUGGCUCACGUGAAAAUCCUGUUAAGUGAGGACUGCGUAUGUAGUGCUAUCCUUGCAAUCUAGUCCAUUUUUAUUUGUUUUUGCGUUAUUUAGCUUUUUAUUCAGCAGCUUUCUGGUUUGCAUUUUCAGCCAUCUGGUUACUAGCCCAAAUUACACUUGCAACCAUGCAUUGGUUUGAAUGAGACUGGGUUAUGAAUAGGAGAGGCCUGAAUAGAAAGAGGAGUAAUAAAAAGUAGCAAUAACAAUACAUGUGUAGCCUUACAGAGCAUUUGUGUUUGAUGGGGUAAGUGACCCCCGUUUGAAAGCUGUUAAGAGUCAGAAGAAGAAGGCAAUUAAUUUAAAACUCUUAAAAGGAAAAAAUGAAGAUCAAUUGAAAAGUUGCUUAGAAUUGGCCAUUCUAGAACAUACUAAAAGUUAAUAUAAAGGUGAACAACCCCUUUAACUCGGAGCCAAAAGAUUAGAUAGCCUACCUUGUUGGCCAAAUGGGCAAAUAUCUGCUUGUUUAAGUGAAUGCACCACAAAAUUCUACGUGUACCUGCUCCUAAAGCAGGGGUCCCUAACAUUAUGUGGCCCAAGAGCAAUAUUAAAAGGUAGAAGUGGUUGAGAGCCACAUUCAAAAGAUAAAGGUGUUUUGGAACCACAGAAGUAGUCAGUGAAAAAUAUUCCAUUGGGUUGUGAGUUCAGUGAUCUAGUUGGCAAGCCCCAUGUGAUUUAGCAGCCUUUGACUGUAACCCUUUGUAAUUCAGCAUGAAGUUUAGUGUGGUCACUAAGAACUGUGGAUCUUAAAUUUGAGCAUGUGCUUGAGGCUGUUGAUAGAACAUCAGAUGGACUAUGGGAUUGCUGGCCUAAAGGGAAAACUACCUUCUACUACAUUCUGAAGUCCAUUACCCUUUAAAUGCUUUGUGUGCUUAAGUUGUUUAUUUCUGCUUGUAUAUAAAACCAUGCUGUCUGGU